AAGAAGAGGAGGGGGGGGGAGAGAAACUGUAGGGGAUGUCCGGCUGCUGCUCCGCCGGCUUCUCCUCCGGACCUCUGGAUGGGCUUCAAGCUGCACGGGCCCGGCCAGGACCUCCCGGACAACUUGGAGGCCUGCAAGCAGGUGUGCAUCGAGAGCGGCAACUGCGGAGAUUCAUUAACCACGGCUGGAUGGACGGCCACGGCGCGUACUGCCAGGUGCUGCCGCGGGACGCCGACUGCAGCAAGCCAGAGCCCGAGGGCAACAUCGCGCCGACGCGGACCUGCGGGGCGCCGCACGUGCACGCCUUCGCGUGCAAGGGCCCCGGGUGUUGGCGGCCCGACGAGCGGCCCCUCCCGAGGAGAACUACGCGGGGCCCCUGCCGUACGACCGCGGAGUCGGGCAGCCCCGACCAGGGAUCGCGCAGGCGGUCUGCCCCCCCCUAGCCUGCCGCUGCCCCGCCUGGCGGCGGCCGGCCGCUGCGCGCAGGCGCCGGCCGCGGUGGGCGCUGGUGAGCUUUCUGUGACGGGCCAGCGCGCUGCGGCUCGAGGAAGAAAAAACGGCAUGAAC